UGAAAAUCUCAAUAAAUCGUAAAUAUUGACGAUCUAUCAAAACAAUAUUUGUUUUAGUUUUUGCUUUUUUGUUAUUUUUGAUAUUUCCUAUUGAAUUCAGUGUGUUUAUGACCUAAAAUCAUAAUUAAGUGCUUAAAAAUGUUAAAAAUUCACAUCUUUCUUAUAAUAGUGAAACGUCCAGGAAUGACAUCUGUCAAAAUAACUUUGAAUUAAAAAAUAAAGUAGAGAACCAUUUAAAAUAUAAACAUAACCUAAAAAAAUUAUUUUUGACAGCUGGAUAACUAAAAAUUCUAACUAAAUCGAUAAAUUAGAUUGAAUUCGAUUACAGAAACCUUUUAAACACAUGUUCCAUAAAUUGUAAACAUAACCUCAAAUUUUUUUAUAAUGGAUAUAAAAGUGGGUAAUUAUGUGAUUGUGAAACGCCAAGCUUACACGAAACUGCUCAAAUUAAAAGAAAAGGGUACAAUAACCCUCGGAAAUUUUAUAAUUGAAACUGAAAACAUCAUCGGGGAGAAAUACGGAGUUACUUUUCGCAUGGUGUCAAAAACGAAAAAGUUGUAUUGUUUAGAAAAAGUGGAACAAAUCAAUAAUACCAUAAAUAUUGAAUCUUCCGGAACGGAUAAUCGUAAUAUAACGGACGAUGGGACAUCCCAAACUUUAACUAGCGAUGAAAUCAAUAAAUUAAAAGACGAGUCUUUGGUUUCGAGCGAAAUUGUGGGAAAAUUAAUAAGCAGCUCGACCAGUUUUAAUUCAAAAACGGAGUAUAGCCAGGAAAAGUAUAUAAAAAAGAAAGAAAGGAAAUAUUUUGAGUAUAUUCAAUUUUUAAAACCAACUAUUCGUUUAUUAAUUGAAAUGUAUUAUCGACAAGACUCUGCUAAAAUUUUAGGACUCCGUGAUGAUUAUUUAUCACAAAUUAUAACAUACGGAAACAUCCAAUCGACCGGAAAUUACUUAUUAUACGAUAGUGGAACCUCCGGUUUAGUUCCAGCCAUGAUUUUAAACGCGAUUGGAAAAGAAACAGAAGGAAAAUUAAUCCACAUGCAUCCAGGUAACGAAUGCCAAAAAAGCGCGGUUUUAGCGAUGCAAUUCCCCAAAGAACAACAAGACCGAUUAAUAAACGUUAAUUUAUACUCAGUAUUACGCUGUUUUUAUCAAGAAAAAGAAAGCUAUUUAGUAGAUGAAGUUCCAAAGAAACUCGUUAGAACUGAAGAUGGUCCAAAAAAACCGGGUUGGCACAACGAUAAUGAACGAGCUUGUCGUAUUUUAACUGAUAAAGUUGAUGGAGUUAUUAUAACGUGUAAAGAAAACCCGAUGAGUAUCGUUAAAGAAUUGAUUCAAUUUUUAAAACAUUCCCGAUCGAUCGUCGUGUAUCAUUUAUAUCGGGAACCUUUACAAGAACUUUUUAUUUAUUUAAAAGGAACUUGCGAUUUUAUUUCGAUUAGAUUACUCGAGAAUUUUAUGAGGAAAUAUCAAGUUUUACCGGAUAGAACGCAUCCGGAGGUUAAUAUGACAUUAGGAGGUUAUGUUUUGACAGGUUUGAAAAUUUCUUAAGAUUUAGAUUAGGUUAUCUUUUAUAAUUUGAAAAACCAUGUAUAUUCGGCGAAAAAGCCACCAUUACAUUAUGUUUUUUAAUAAAAAUUAAUCUAUAAAAAUGUA